AUGAGGCUCACCGUCGAAUGCCUCGGCCGCACCCACGCCUUGCGCUUCGCGCGGCUCGACCGGCCCAUGCGCAGCCUCGCCAAGGCCGUCGCCAAGGCCGCCGGCGUCGAGCGCGUCGUGCUCGAGGCGGACGGCGGCGUCCUCGACGGCGCCGCGAAGGUCAGCGCGGUCCUCCGCGACGGCCAGCGGCUCGUCGCGCGCGUCCCGCUGGACCUGCCCUACGACGAGUUCGACGUCGUCGUCGUCGACUUUGGGCGCGCGGGGAGCGGCGCGCCGUCGUGCUCGCCGGAGGCGCCGGCCUGGGUCUGCAGCCGCAGCGACGUCGAGCGCCGCGCGGCGAACGCCGUGCUGGGAUCGCCGACGGCCGUCGCGGCGCACCCGCGCGAGGCGGGGCCGCACGUCGUGAGAUGGGGCGACCUCGAACGGUCGUUCACGGCGGUCGCCGCGCGCCGGCCCGCGCCCUGGCAGACGCUGCGGCCCGCGGCGCGCGCGCGCGUCCUGCGAUGGCUGCGAGCGAACGGCGUCGACGCCGCGACGGACCGCGUCGACGCCGCGCAGCUGCCGCUGCCCCGCGUCGACGCCGCCGACGACGCCGCGCCCGUCGCCUGGCGGCGGCCCGCCGCGGGCGAGGUCGUCGUGCUGCCCGACUUCGUCGACGAGGCCCUCGCGCGGAAAAUAAUCACCGCGGCGAAAAAACGGCUCGCGGCGAGCGGCCUCAUGGGCGACGGCGGCGCCGCGGCCCGGCCCGCGGCCUCGGGCUACCGCAGCAACCGCGCGGCCUUCCUCACGGACGCGUCGGGCGCGGGCGCCGUCCUCGGCGCGCUGCGGCGCACGGUGAGGCGCUACUUCCCCGAGGUGCCGGCGGCGGACGUCGAGUUCCAGGUCGUCCACUACCGCGCGGGCGAAGAGUACCGCUGCAUCACGAUGUUCUCCGGCGCGACGCCGACGGCGCCCAUGCGCGUCGACUCGCCCAUGAUCAGCUACCACAGCCUCGAGGGCGGCAAGAGCGACCGCAUCAUGUCCGUGGACUGCCACCCCGACGCGUCCGACGGCCUCGUGACCUUCGCGACCGUCGGCGGCGGCGGCGAGGGCGACGUGCGGCUCUGGUCCCUGGCGCCCGACGCCGAGGCGCCGGUCUACCGGAGCAGCCUGCGCAAGGGCCACGACGGGUCCGUGAACUGCGCGCGCUGGAGCCCCGACGGCGCCAAGCUCUGCUCCGCGGGCGACCGCGGCACCGUCUGCGUCUGGAGCGGCGAAUCGUCCGCGGCGUGGUGGCGGGGCCUCGACGACCGCGACGAGCGCGCGACCUGCGGCCACCUGAGCCACAGCGACGACGUCUACGACGUGUGCUGGAGCCCCUGCGGCGCCUACGUGCUGAGCGGGUCCAUCGACGGCGUCGUCACGAUCUGGCACGCGGACGCGCGGCGCGCCGUCAAGGUCGUCCGCGACCACGCGCACUACGUCCAGGGCGUCGCCUGGGACCCGCUGGGCACGUGCUUCGCGACGGCGUCGUCGGACCGCACGGUCAAGGUCUACGCCCUGCCGGACAAGUGGGCGGCGAGCAAGAAGCCCCUCGCGCCGAAGACGGUGCGGUUCUGGGGCGACGAGCGCGCGCGGCGCCGCCGCGAGAAGGCGCGCAAGGACGCCGGCGACACGGAAACAAAAGAAGAGCCCCGCGAGGGCCUCUUCAGCUCCGAGAUCGCCCACGCGUCCUUCUUCCGGCGGCUCCAGUUCGCCGCGGACGGGACCGCGCUCGUCGCGGCCGCGGCCGCGCGCGGCGACGCGCAGGGCGCGGCGGCCCUGCUCCGCGACGGCCUCGACCGGGGGCCCUUCGCCUUCCUCGCCUCGCCCGAGGGCGCCUGCGGCGGCGCGCGCGCGUGCCCCGUGCUCUUCCGCCGCGGCGCCGGCCCGCCGCGCGCGCUCGUCGCGCUCCUCUGCCACGACGCCUUCGCCGUCCACGACGUCCGGAGCGGCCGGCCCCUCGCCGUCGGCGCCGGCGGCCACUACGCGGCGCUCACGGACGGCGCCUGGGCGCCCGACGGCUCCGCGCUCAUCCUCGCGUCCGCGGACGGCUACCUGUCGUUCGCGCGCUUCGACCCGGGCGAGCUCGGCGAGCGCGUCGACGCGCCGCGGCCCGCGGCCGCCGCGGAGCCCGCGGCCCCGCCCGCAAACGACGAGGCCGCGCCGGGCACGCCGCACGCCGCGCCCGCGGCGGCCGCGCCGCCGCGGCCCGAGACGGGCGACGCCGCGGCGUCGCCCAAGAAGAAGAAGCGCAUCGCGCCGACGCUCCUCGCGCCGCCGACGCCCAAGAGCCCCGCGCCCGAGCCCGCGCCCGAGCCCGCGGCGCCCGCGCCCGCGGAGCCCGACGCGCCGCCGAAGAAGAAGAAGCGCAUCGCGCCGACGCUCCUCACGCACGUCGGCCGCGAGGAGACGAUGAAGUGGGGCCCGCCGCUGUCGACGGUCGUGCCCGACAUCGGCGAGCUGCCGACCUACGACGGCCUCAAGCACCGCACCUUCGAGACGCGCGACGAGGCGACGCGGCGCCCGCCCUACGCCGUCUUCGAGUCGAAGACCGUGCGCUUCGCGCCGUCGAGCGGCGAGCACGGCGCCGAGUUCGCCGACCCGGAGGCGCUGCUCCGGGGCGAGUCCAAGUACGGCGCCGUCCUCGCGCGCGAGGCGCCGUUCCGCGCGUCCGGCCGCGGCGACCUCAUCCGGAGCAACUGGCCCCAGCUCAUCCGCAACGCGCGCCUCGAGGUCACGCCCGACGUCGCGCCGCCCUACGACCCCCGCGCGCGCAAGGCCGAGCUCCGCAAGCUGAAGCGGAGCCGGGGCCCGCGCGGAAAUCGACCGGCGAGCCGGGACGUCCCGACCAAACUUCGAACUUCUCCGUCACAUCGAAGCCGCGGCCGCCGCAUCGACGACGCGUACCGCGGCCCCGUGAAUCUGGCCGUCUUCGCGUCGGAGAUCCCGCGCUUCGCGGGCCCCAUCGUCGUGACGCCCGCGUCGACCUUCGCGCGCGACAACGCGCGCGCGCGCGCGCCGAAGAAGCGCGACGUGCCCGUGCCGCCGCCGCCGGGGCUCUGGGACCCCGGGCCGCACAACCCCUGGCGCCACGAGGGCGUGCCCGGCCUCGGCGAGCUGCGGCGGUCGUCGUCCUUCGCCGACGGCACGCUGCGCGACAUGUGGGGCACGUGGCGCACGCUCGACGCGCGCGGCUGGUGCAACAGCCACGGCCGCCACGGCAAGCAGCCGGGCUUGGACCACAUCCCCGGCGGGCCCGCGGCCCUCGUCAAGAACCGGUACCGCAUGCACGCGGAGUUCAUGCCCGAGCGCGCGGCGCGCUUCGGCCGCCUCGAGGCCGCGCGGCGCGCGGCGCCGCGGCCCGACGACGAAACGCGCGGCCGCGGCGGCGUCGAGUCGCGCGACGACGAGCCGGAGAUGGACGCGCUCGAGGCCCUCGAGGCGCGCGUCCGCGCGCGGUCCACGGCGCAGCCCACGCCGCCGCGGACGCCCGAGCCCCCGCACCGCGCGACCUUCGCGGGCGAUUCGCUCGGAGCCGCGCCCGCGCCCGCCGCCGAGGCGCCGAGCCCCUCCCGGGGGCCCAACUCGCGCGCGUCGUCGCGGCCCCACACGCCCGCCGAGGCCGCGGGGGCAGCCCCGGGCGACGUCGGCGUCGACGCCGCCGCGAACGCCCCCGCCAACGAAGCGGAGGCGCACACGGCCAUGGCCGUGGACCGCUUCCGCGAGGCCGUGGCGGCCGUCGCCGCGCGGCAGAUCGCGGCGCGGCCGCCCGGCGCCGCGGCGCCGGCGCCGGCGGCGCUGCGCGUGGAGCGGGCGGCGGGCGCGGAGGCCUUCCUGCGCGCGGCGGCGCCGGCCCUGCUCCUGCCGCGCGCCGACGCCGAGUUCCUCACCCUCGAGCUCGCGGCCGCGGCCGCCGCGGCGCGCGACGAGGCGGGCGACUACGUCGUCGUCCGCGAGGGCGAGGCGAUCGUGCUCGGGGCCCUGCGCGCGCCCAUCUCGUCGGCGCCGGGCGUGCUGCGCCUCGCCGGCGACCCGGGCGACGGCCGCGCCAUGCUCGCCGCGCUCCGCCUCGCGGACGGCGUCGCGGCGGCCGCGGACGCCGGCGCCGCGGACGCGCUCGAAUUCUCCGGCGUCGACGGGCCCGCGGCCCUGAGCGAGGCCUUCGCGCGCCAGCUCUGCUUCCGCCGGCGCGCGCGCGAGCCCGAGACCCGCGGCGGCCUCCGCGUCUUCUCGCGGCGCGCGGCGUCCGCGGCGCCGCCGGCGCCGGCGCCGGGCGGCGCGUGCGCGGCCGUCGACCCGCGCGACCUCGCCACGGCCGACGUCCUCGAACUCGCGGCCUGGCUCGAGGCCUGCGAGGCCGAGGGCGGCGUGCCCGAGGACCGCCGGACGCCGGGCCUCCAGGCGCUCGCGCGAUUCGCGUCGUCGUCCGGCGACGCGGCCGUCCCCGGCGUCUACGUGCGGCGCGCCGGCGGACACUUGGCCUGCGUCGCCGGCGUCGUCGGCGACGCCGCGAGCCCCGGCGGCCGCCGCGUCGGCCUCGUCUACACGCCGCCGGACCUCCGGCGCAGAGGCCACGCGGCCGCGCUCCUCGACCACGUCGCCGCGGCCCUCCUCGCCGCCCAGGGCGACGCCCCCGGCGCCUUCACGGCCAUCGUCGUCGGCGCGCCGCCGCCGGGCGCGCCGGCGCCGCCGCCGCUCGACGGCCUCUGGGCCAAGGCGGGCUACGCGCGCGCGGCCGAGACGCGCGAGUUCGCCCUCCCGGCGCCGGCGCCGACCGACGCCGCCGCCGGCGGCGGCGGCGCCGACGGCGGCGGCGGCGGCGGCGACGGCGAUGGCGCGGCCGCUCCGGAAUAG